AUGGUAGAACAAGAUGAUAUCCAAAUUGUGGUGACUAAUAUUGUCAACCCAGCUUCCUUCUUCGGUGGGAUCUCUGAAGAACCAGUGGUGCACGACUGCCUGGAAACAAUGGAAGCAACAUAUUCCAGACAUGUUGCUGUGGAGGUGAGUGGCCUGGAAAAUUACUGCCUGUGUGCAGUGACUGUGGGGCUGGGGCGGUGCAGGAGCAGUAUAAAAGCAGGCCCUUCUCCUCCCUCUCUCAUCCACUCCUCUCUCCUCCAUCUCCUUGGGACCCAGGUGCAGCUCCAGCCCCACAACAUGUCCUGCCAGCCCUGCUGCCUGCCCUGCCUGCCAUGCCAGCCCUGCGGCCCCACCCCGCUGGCCAACAGCUGCAAUGAGCCCUGUGUCAGGCAGUGCCAGGACUCCACCGUCGCCAUCCAGCCCUCCCCCGUGGUGGUGACCCUGCCCGGCCCCAUCCUCAGCUCCUUCCCGCAGAGCACCGCCGUGGGCUCCUCCACCUCCGCUGCCGUUGGCAGCAUCCUCAGCUCUCAGGGAGUGCCCAUCAACUCCGGGGGCUUUAGCCUCUCGGGCAUUGGCAGCCGCUACUGCGGCAGCAGGUGCCUGCCCUGCUAA